CAACUAAUCCAAGUUGCAAUUAGCAAGAAGUUAGCGUUGAAUAAACCCAGUUUAUUACCCCUGCCACUUGCGUUGAAAUGUUUUCAUGGCUUCGGAAUUUCAUUCCAACUUGCAACUAAACCAUAGUUUACCCACCACAACUUAAUAUCGUACAAUCAAAGAGUAUUUUUAAAGGGAAAAAAAUGCAAAAGUACUCCUAAGAAAAGGGUAGUAUUGGCAAUUUCAAUUUCCAACUCAGAACUCACGGGGAAUGUACACAAAGGCCUUCCCCGGAUCCCAACUGUACACUCGACAGGUUGUGAUGAUUUAAAAAAUGAGUAUUUCGGAAAAAGUAAAAGAAUGAAAAACUGGUGAAGUGUCCGUUUUUUUCCCAAUUUUAUUUUCAUUUAUAGCUCUGCUACACACAUUUUGGACCCGAUAUGUAUUGAUAUAUUGAGAGGCUAAAAAGAAAAACAAAUGAAUCAAAUGUUGUUCGCAAUGUUCUUUUGGCUUUUACCUGUGGGACAGUUAAAGUGCAUUUUAUCAAUGAUCAUAUAAUUUCCCCAGCCUGCAAAACCUGAUCUCUUCUGACUCCUUUGCUCUUCCUUCUUCUUUAGUCUUUUUGUUUGCUAUUUUCCCACAAUUAUCCCACUAGAUUCCCAUCCUUUUUUCUAAAAGUUAUUAUGGUCGUCAAUUCAUUCUUUUUAUUAUUAUUAUUGAAAUAUAAUACUAAGAAGAAAAAAGACAUGUUUUUUUAAUCAUCUGUUGAUGUUCUCAUGAGGUUUUCUUGGUGUCAUGAUGGUGAUGGCCAUGGGUUGGCUUGCUUUUGGUUCAAGGGAAUUCAGUCUUUUCUGGAUUCUUUCUCAUGAAUGAUCAUCAAUUUUUUUUCUUUUCCUUCCUGGGUCUUGCUCAGAAUUCAGGUUUGUUUGGUCAUCAUAUGGAUUUCCCGUGGCAGGCAAAUGCAGAUUUCAAAGCAAGGCUUUCGAGGUUAUUCGGCUGCCAUUUGACUUCUGUAACAUGCAAACUUCUUGCUUUGGUCACUAUUGCUCUGUUUUUCAGAGCUGUCUUGCUCCAUUCAUUCUCUGCCUAUGGUGUGAUGGAAUGGAACAAUCUGGACUUGAUUCUAAGCCGUUCUUUAUUGUUGAACUCUGAUGUUGGGAUUCGUAGAGAUAAGUUUUUGAAGGUUCCUCAAAUUGUGUGGGGACUAAAUAAUCAGAAGAUAGCAUUUGCAAGAGCUUGUCUAACUGCUAGAAUGCUGAACCGAACUCUUUUGAUGCCUAGCUUAAGUGCGUCGCUUUUCUACAAAGAAAUUUACCGCUUGCAGCCAAUUUCCUUUGAUAAAGUCUUCCAAUUUGAAAGGUUUAAUUCUCUUUGUAAUGGGUUUGUGCGAUUGGGUCGUUACUCGGAUCUUAAGAAUCAAACACCAGUAUAUGAUCUCCAAAAGGGAAGUGGAAGAAAGUGGACAGUUGAGAGAGACCUGGAGCAGUUGAAGCAAAGCAGCAGAGGUCCUGUUGAUAAGUAUGAAGUGAUUAGAAUUGUUGGAAAGAAUCCAUUUCUUUGGCAUGAUCAUUGGCCUGUUAAGGACUAUGCAAGGGUCUUUGAGUGCUUAGUUUUGGUUGAUGAGAUAGCAAAAGAAGCAGAUAGAGUUGUGUCCAAGAUUAGGCAGAUAGGAAGAAAGCUUAGGAGAAAAACUGAGACAGUACAAAACAAUUUUGAUGCAGAGGGUUCUUCGCUGCCACCCGCUCCUUAUGUAGCAGUCCAUAUGAGGGUAGAAAUAGACUGGAUGAUUCAUUGUAAGAACUUAGAGCAAAGAUCAGGCAUAAGCCAAAUUUGUAGUAGCAAGCAAGAAAUUAUGGAAAGAGUGGGGAACAUUGUCGGCUUAGAAUUUCCAACUGUAGUUUAUCUUGCUGUUGCCGAUAGCCUCCUUAAUGAUUCUUCAGUAUUGGGUGGUUGGAAGAAAGGAUUGCAUCCAUUUGAGAAGAAGAAAUUAGGGGUUGAUGGAAUUUACAAGAAGCAUCCAUAUCUCAUUCAGUCAGCAAUUGACUAUGAGGUGUGCUCAAGGGCUGAUGUUUUUGUAGGCAAUAGUUUUUCCACAUUUUCUAGCCUCAUAGUUCUUGAGAGAACACAAAAAAUGAUCAGAAUGGGCAUUACAAGCUCAUGUGACAUCGAUGUUCGGUGGCCAUCUUAUGCAUACAAUAUACCAGGGGAAUCAAAUAGUCCUCAGAUAUGGAUGACUAAUAUGUCUGAUUCAAGUCUCAAAGCAAUUAGUUACGGUUCUAAUGCCAUCUCAUGUUGAAGUUUGUCGCAUAUAAUUUGUUGCUGCACUUCCUAAGUUUCAGGUGGUAUUAUCACUGCAUUUCCAGCAUUUUUGAACUGCUGGUUGAAUGGCUUGAAGGAUAUAGUAAAGAAAAGCAAUAGGAGAGAAUAUCAAGAUACAGUUGAAUACCGAAAUAGGUAGAGUUUAUCAUUUUUGUAAUCUUGGUGUUUUGCUCUCUUUUCUUUGAUAUAUCAUCUUGUUCAUAGAGAACAUAUUCAUCUUGAUUAAUAUCCUCACAAAACUUUGUGGUUACUUGUUCUUGGUAUAUAUUGACAAAUGAAAAGAUGGAUAAGCUUUCACCUAGUCUCGUUGUAGGAUUACCUCCAAACUAAUGCUAUAAAUUGUCUUAAUCUUCUAUUAUGUUGGUUUCCUGUUUUUUCAAACUAAAUGUUUUCCCUUAAUAAGACUUGAAUUAUGAGCUUUUUGGGGGUCGUUUGCUUUAGUUUAGUUAUUAUUACUAUUCCUUUUUUUCUUUCCACCAUUCAAGGAUGGGAACAGAGUGGAAAGGUGAAGUGAAUCACCAACCUCUGUUGCCUACUUGCCUCCACAACAAUCAAAGAAUUGGUCUUCUUUUUUUAUUUCUUUGUGUAGGUCCAAAUUGGCACAACUAGUCCUUCUUUUUGGCUUAAUCCGCGUAAUUCAGUUAUGAAUUAUGAUGGGAUGAGUUGUACACUGAACGAGUGUUGAAGGGUUUUCAUUAAUGUCUUGUCUAAAUCAUUGCUUAUGACUUUCUUGCUCUCUUCUGUUUCAAUAGUAAUUGGUAAGUUCAUUUGUCAAAUCCUCUUUUGUCCUUAAUGAAUCUUCUCAUUUUUUCUCUUUUGCCUCCUAACAUAGUAAUAUGUGUUUGUCCAUGUAUUUUCAUGGCCAUAUAUAUACCCGAAAAAAGGUCUUCGAUGGCCUGUAAUCAAAACAAGUGAAAUAGAAUCCCAAAUCUAGAACAUAUUGGUUGCAUUCUACUGCAGAAUUUGACUUUUGAGCCACAUGGAAUUGUUGAUUUGCAUGUGAACUAUGGGGAAAACUUUAUCAGAAGAUGAUUUUGGAUUCGAAGUAUUCAGGCUAUCCUUGCCGAGAGCACUUUGUCAACGACUCCAUGGAAUCUCGUGUGCUGUCGAGAGAAAAAGGAAAUGGUGGGUGGUGGAUAAAAUUACUAGGCUAGGCGAGCUAGUCAAAAUGCACGUGCCACCCCACUGAAAAAUAAAUUAUAAAAAACAGAAGCUCUGUUGCAACUUUUACUAUGAACAGCCUCAAUAAAUUAUAAACGCAAUAAUCAAGCCAAAGAAAGUGGGAAUUGUAUGCAGCAGAAAAACUAUUUUAUGGUAAAAAAUCUGCAGAAAACUAAGGAAGUCUAGCCCCAUUUCUCAUCCUUUUAUAAGAUAAAUCCUGAUGAAUGACUGAAGGGUGAUCUCGAGAGUGAUUCCUGCAGGAUAGUCAAAUUGCAUGUGGUUUUGCUUAGCCCCCGUCUCCAAGCCUAGCUCGAACGACCUUGGAAGGCUAUGCAAUGCUCAUUAUUCCCAAUUAAGAAUCUAUAAUAUGCAGAAUAUACGAACAAAAAACACAAACCUGCAAAAAUUUGGAUUUGCUUUUUCUUGAGAUAUACCUAGAUUGUGAUGGGCCUCGUUUGGCAUAAUUGAUGCUGUGCGUCCAUGGUACUAGUCAAGUCCAUGGUACUCGUUUCAUCAAAACAGUAUUCUUGGCACUGAUAAUGCCAGGGCAUUCAUAGGAGAGAGAGAGAGAGAGAGAGA